AUGGCCCGCGGCAUCCCGUGCCUGAACCCCCGGUGCAUCCAACACGGAACCAACCUCGGUUCUCCCCGACGACACGCCCGGGGCGUUCGCACGACCGGCGCCCCUAAACGCGUCAGAAAAUCCCCUCCCCCCUCCUCCUCCAUGGGCAACUCGCCGUCCCGUCCCGGAUCUCCGUCCCUCGCGGGUCCUCGGGCGGGCACGCCCACGCGCCUUCGGUACGAUGUCUCCACCGGCGUGGCCACCGACGACGCCCCCGCGCUCGCCCCCGACCAAACCCCCUCCGCGUCCGCCGAUCCGUUCAGCGAGAACUACGCGUCGGUGAUGCUGCAGGGCUUCCACUGGCGCAGCUGCAACGCCAGGGAACUGGGCCUGACCGCGGACCGCAGCUGGUACGGGGAGGUCCUCGCGAACAUUCCCGCGCUGGUGCAGACCGGCGUCGACGCCGUCUGGCUCCCGCCGCCGUCGCACUCCGUCUCUCCGGAGGGAUACCUGCCCCAGAGGCUCUACGACCUCGACAGCCGGUACGGCACAAAAGAGGAACUCAAGACGCUGUGUCGCGAGCUCAAAGCCGCGGGGAUCAAACCGAUGGCGGAUAUCGUCAUCAACCACAGGUGCGCGGACACCCAGGACGAGAACGGCGCCUGGAGGAUCUUCAGCAACGUGUCGUUCCCGCCAACCGACGACGUGGAGCCCGGGAAGAGCUUCGACAGGACGUGGGGACCGUGGGCCAUCGUCAAGGACGAUCCCGUGUUUCACGGCGAGGGUAACAGCGACACGGGCGAGUCGUUCCCGCCCGCGCCGGACCUGGACCACGCCAACGACCGCGUGCGGCGCGAGCUCACCGCGUGGCUCAACUGGCUCAAAAACUCCGUCGGGUUCGUCGGGUGGAGGUUCGAUUACGCUAAAGGAUACGGCGCUUCGUUCGUGAAGGAGUACGUGGACAACACCGUGGGGGCGGGGGCGAUGAACGUCGCCGAGUUUUGGCCCGAGGCGAGCUGGGAGCCCGACGGACGGCUCGCGUUGGAUCAGAACCCGAUGCGGCAGAGCAUGUGCGACUGGCUGGACCGCGCGAAAGCGUCCACGGCGGCGUUUGAUUUUGCCACCAAGGCGGUGCUGCAGGAGGCGGUUGCCAAAAACGAGCUCUGGCGCCUGAGGGACGCGGACGGCAAGCCGCCGGGGCUGAUCGGCUGGUGGCCCCAGCGCGCGGUCACCUUCGUGGACAACCACGACACCGGCGGGACCGGUCAGGCGGCGGGUUCCGACUCGGGCAGGAUGAAGGACGGCAGCGAUUUCAUCGGCGGCGGUUCCUACGGGCAAGGGCACUGGCGAUUCCCCCCCGAACACAGGAUGUGUGGUUACGCAUAUAUACUGACGCACCCGGGGAUCCCGUGCCUGUUUUGGCCGCACGCGGUGCGCAUGCCGGACGGCAGGCACGGGGAUAUGGCGGCGGAGGUGGCCGCCAUGGUCCGGAUGCGAAAGGACGCGGGCAUCGCCGCCGACUCGAGGGUCGACAUCCUCGUCGCCGAGUCGGACGUGUACGUGGCGAGGGUGAGGGGCCGCCACGCCGACGUGACGGUGAAGCUCGGCCCGAGGUACGACUUUCCGGCGGAGAUCAUGCCAACGGAGGGGGGGCGGGAGUGGAAGAUGUGCGCAAGCGGUAAGGACUACGCGAUCUGGUCGCGGCCGCACGCGACGCGGGCAUGA